UUAGAGCUCUGCAAUGUUCAAGGUUCUAAAUUUAUGUGUUUCUUUUUCAGAGAUUAGGAAGUGUGAGAGGAGAAGACUUACCUUACAUUCUAGGCUUACCAUUAAUUGGUGGAGGACCAUUUUUUCCACACAAUUACAGCUUUCCCGAUGUUGCUGCCUCUAGGACCCUCAUUCAAUAUAUCAGCAAUUUUAUUACUUCGGGAGAUCCCAAUGGUGGAGCCGUACCAAACACUCCUGCUGCAGGUCAGAAAAGUCCACCACAAAACGAGAACGAAAUACCUACAUUGCCUUAUUGGGAAUCUUACGACACGAUAAAUCAGUUUUAUUUGGAAAUGGGCAGUCGGCCCGAAAUAAAAAAUCAUUACAGAGGACAUAAAAUGUCGCUCUGGCUCAAUUUAAUCCCACAACUACAUAGACCGGGCGAUGGUGACGAUGUUUCCAUGAGACAUCAUCACUUCCAAGAAGAGGACGAUGAAUAUUAUGACGGUUCAGUGAGACCGCAACUAAAAGAACGACCAACAUACGUUCAUCAGUCUCCACCACCUGUAACAGUGAAAAAACCACCAUUAACGACUACCAUGCCCACCCCGCCACCUCCGAAGUCGGAUACUGCGCUUCAAGCGACUACCACAGAAUGCCCUCCAAAUACGACCAUUAUUAUGCAAACGAAAAAUCCUAAUAACUUGCUUAGGAAAUUGGCAUCUAGUCAUUACCAGUCCUACACUACUGCUCUAACAGUGACAAUAGCAGUGGGUUGUUUCCUACUUUUGCUGAAUAUCUUGAUAUUCGCUGGAAUAUACCAUCAGAGAGACCGAGGAAAAAGCAAACAAAAGCAAAUAGAGGAAAUGGUAGAACAAGGCGGCUGCAGUAGUUCCUCGUCAGAAGCUUUUGAAAAAGCGUACGACACCCGGCAACAUUUGCAACAUAACUGCAACAAGAGUCCAUACCACACAAUGUCCAGAGCGGGCAGUUUCAAAAGGGAGCCGGUUCCAAAUUAUGUUGGCGACUAUAAUUCUGCAGACAAAACGUCUUUGGCCCAAGUCCAGAUGACUGAACUGUCGCUGCAGGAGUUCAAUUCAUCGCCGCCACCGGCCAAACGCUCUGAAGGCACGUCUUAUGGGCUACCGCCGGACGUAACAACAUCAACAAGUAAUCAGGAACUGCAAACCAGUCCAACAAUUUCAGAUCCACCGCAUCCCCAUCGACAUCAACUCCCUGGGUCUGCAUACAAUCAACCCGGAAUCCUCAGGUCCCACGGGAUACCCAAUACUCCGGGAACCAUGAAAAAACGCGUCCAAAUUCAAGAAAUUUCAGUAUGAGUGUUGUGUUUCUAGCUUCCAUACAAUAUAUAUUUUAUAUUCUACAACUAUAGAGAACUACAUAAAAGAAUAUAUUAUUUA